AUGUUAAUUACAGAUGAUGACCAUACGCUGACCACAAAUGGAUGGUGUCCUCUGCACCUAGCAGCGCUGAAAGGCAAUGCAGAUAUGGUGAAACUAUUCCUGGACAGCGGGGCUGAAGUUAAUGCGGAAGACUCGGGUGGCUGGACUCCUUUACAUGGGGCAGCGUAUGGAGGUCAUAAAAGCAUCGUAAAGCUUCUCCUGGAGCGUGGAGCUGAUCCUAAUAUUACGGAUAAGGAUAAACUAAGACCACAUGACUUGGCUGUAAAAACGAAACAUGAAUGCAUAAUGAUAAUGCUGCAGAGAUUUACUUCGCCGUUGAUUCAGACUCAUCUUCUCCAAAAAUUAAUUGCUACAAUAAGUGACCAAGUAUCUGUGAGACGUAUCCGGUUCCUGGGACGUAGGCUGGGAGUACCGGACAGCAAGCUGGACAACAUAAGGUCUCAGAAUCCAAACAAUGCACAGGAGGAAUCAUUCCAGAUUCUGAGGGAGUGGAUGAAAAGGUCAGCAGGGGCGACAGUCCAUAACCUGUUCAAGGCUCUGAAGGACCAUCAGUUGAACGCAUGUCUUGACCAUGUCAAGAAUGAAUAUCUUACCCUAAGUAAAGAAAUAUUGGCCAAGUCGGAUGAUGAGUUCAGCACGUUUUGUGCUUCUCUCGAGUAUACAGAUGGUAUCACAUUAUCUGCUAUGAAGAAGAUAAAUAUGGGAUGUUACGUCUCUGAUGACAUGAGAUAUAUGGACCAUGUCAAGAAUGAAUAUCUUACCCUAAGUAAAGAAAUAUUGGCCAAGUCGGAUGAUGAGUUCAGCACGUUUUGUGCUUCUCUCGAGUAUACAGAUGGUCUCACAUUAUCUGCUAUGAAGAAGAUAAAUAUGAGAUGUUACGUCUCUGAUGACAUGAGAUAUAUGGGUUUGCCCCUUACAAGGUACAACGCCAAUUCCAAAGAGCGCAUGGCCUUGUACCGCCUUGAAUGGAAUGGCAACUACGAGAUUCCGGCUUCGUACGCACGGAGGGCUGUCGUUAGUUGA